AUGGAGAUUUUGAUUGAUGCUGGUGCGGAGAUGGGAGCAAGAAACGACAAGGGUUUUAGAGCUUUAUAUUUGGCUGUGGAUGGGCGUCAUCUUGAAUCUGUGGAGCUCUUACUAUCUCGGGGCAGCGAGGUGAACAUGAAGGUCAAGGGUGGCUCUACUCCUCUCCAUUUGGCUGCAGAGCUUGAAUGGACAGAUGGGUUGGAAGUUUUAUUGAAACAGACCGAUGUUGAGGUGAACGCACGGUCUGAUGAUGGUCAAACACCGCUGCACCGGGCCUGUUGUAAUGGACACACGCACACAGUCGGCCUAUUGUUGGGUCACAAUGGCAUUGAUGCCAAUGUCGUGAACAUUUUCGGUGACACACCACUGCAUGAGGCAGUUCGGGGGCGAAGGUAUAAAGUGGUGUCUGUGAUGCUGAACCAGGAUUCAGUGAAAUUCCAUAUGGAGGGCAAACACAAAAUGACACCAUUCCUUCAAGCCGUCGAGUGGGGUCACCUUGGUAUAAUAAAAAAGUUGUUAGACAAGGGUGCGAAGGUAAAUGCAGUCAACAAUGAAGGCAACAAUUGCCUUCACCUCGCACUGCAAAAUGAUGUAUUCCAUUCUGAGGAGGAGCACAUUGCUCUUUUAGAUAAGUAUGCCUUUAAGCUCUCUCUGACCCAGGGAAAUAGGACUUGUAGCACUGUAGUUGCUACAUACCUAUUUCAUUUUGGAGCCAACUUUUACCACCCAAAUGGAAAGAAUGUGAUUCCGCUGGACCUUAUUCAGGACACAAAUUUGAAAGAAGAAUUAAAAACCUUUUUACCACCACCAUGUACGUAUUGUCGAGUUAGAGCCUCUGCAGAAUUCAAACCCUGCGGACAUACCGUCCUGUGUCGAGAAUGUUAUGGGAAAAUUAAGUGUGAAUCAUGUUCCACUUGUCAGCGACCAAUAAGAGGUUUAGAUGGCUUUGAGGCUCCAAAGUUUGAGGACAGGUGUGUAAAAACAGAGGCUACAUGUCAGGAAUUAGGGGCUGCAUCUCAGGCAAUUGAUUCUAAAACAAAGUCUGAAGACAAGUGUGUACAAACAGAGGUUGCAUCUCAGGAAAUUGGUGAGUAUAAAAUAACAGUUGCCAAUUGAUUUCUAUAAGUUUUA